UUAUGAAUUACGGGGAUUCCCCACAUAACAAACGUUACCAAGACAUUUUUAAGUUUUGGGCGGCUAGGGUUUUUUUUCUGCAUUAUUCAGUUUUGAGAAGCAGUUAUGUUAUUUUCACUGUGUAUCGUUUGUUUAAUUACUGGAUUUUCUAACGGACAAACAUCAGGAACUAAUCCAGCAUUCGAAAACAUUGCUCCUUGUGGAUGCGAUCUGACUUUAAACCAAUAUGAUAACAACUGCUGUUGUGACCCAGACAUUACGAAUGAAGGGAAUAUAUCAAACUGCAUUUCUGGACCUUACGGAGGAAACUUUAUGACUUUUGAUGAUAGAAUAUGUCGAUUUAAUCAAUCUUUCACUCCUGAUUGGUUUCCUUUCCUCUGCAUUCAGUUUUUAAACUCUCCUGAUCUGGGGUUGUAUUACUAUCCAUCCAUUGCACCAGGGUAACUUACCUUGUUAUGGACAUGAUGUACAGCUUUUUUUUGCUAGAAUGCUGUUUUAUAAAUAUGUCUAUGUUUGUUCAUGUACAUCAGUUACAACAGUGAAAACUGAGUAAAAAGAUGAUCACUUCCCUUGUUUUGUAGAUGUUACCAUGUGUGAUCCACUACCGCCAAAAGUCCUAGUCCCUAAUUGCUGAUGAAAUUUCCAUGAUAAAUGUUUUGGUCAAUAUCUCAUGCUUUAUAGGGAAUUUUCCCUGAAGGGUUUUUCUUUUCAAUGUUUUAGAUUUUACAUACUACCAUAUUUACUGUAGUUUUAAAAUCAAGAAUACAUUCUAGUUUCAAAUAUUUUUGCUUCAGUAUGCCAGAAUAUGACCCAUCUUUGGGUCAAAAGCAUUGUAUAUUUACAUUGAUAGAGGAUAUAGUAUUCGAUAAUAUAAUAUUUCUAUGUUGCA